AUGAAUGCAUCACUUAACCUCAAUAUUUCUGUAAACGGCAGCAAUGGAACUGAGAACAAUGGCGCAAGCACAAGUCAUAUAGCAGAAAGCAAAUUUGUUUUAUAUGGAAUAAUUUUCCCGGUCAUUGUGACAUUCGGAUACCUGGGAAACAUACUGACGGCCAUUGUACUCUGGAAAAAGGAAAUGGCGUCCACGAAUAAUAUUCUUCUCCGUGCGCUGGUCCUCUCAGAUAUCGCAAUGAUAACCACGGGACUCGUUGCUCUAUCUUGUCCUAUGCUGCUAACGAAAGCUUUAGACUUUGAUCUUGUCGUUAAUGUGCUAAACAGUUUAGCAUUUUCUACCAUCAAUUACUUGAUGAUGACGUCACAGCAGUUUAAUGUAUACGUUCUUGUGUCCAUCUCCGUAGAGCGGUAUAUUGCUGUUUGUCAUCCACUAAGUUAUGCGAAUUACAAAAGUCGAGGAAGAACCAUUGCUCUCCUAUGUGGAAUUAUCUGUUGUUCUGUGGUUUACAAUAUUCCUCGUUUAUUAGCAACAACAGUCGACCCCACUACCUGUAUUAACGCUAACUCCUCUUUUACCUGCUAUGAAAUAGUGUACACAGAGUUCGGGGAAGGUUAUUUCUACCAGGAGGUUUACUCGGUAUGGAUAUAUGGCGCCACCUACUUUGUCAUUCCUCUCGCUGUGCUGUUAAUAAUGAACAUUUUUAUCAUAAAGGAACUUACAAAGAUGAGGAACAUACGUCGGAACCUGGGUGUAGUGAAUUCAUCCAACGCUCAAAAAGAUAGCAUCUCUCAAAGUCUGGUUAUCAUAAUGUCAGUGUUCGGUGUGGUCCAAACUCUUGGAUUUUUCAACCAGUUCCCGAACUUGAUGUCUGACGGUAUCGAUAAAGACCACUACAGAAUGAUUGUCAAUACACUGUAUGCAAUUAAUUCUAGCAUUAAUAUCUUGAUUUAUGUGGCAGUGGGGAAGAAGUUCCGGAGGAAUGUCACUGAGUUUUUCAAAGAAUGUUUUCACUGUCCUUCCGUUGUUGCUUCUUCUGGGCAAUAUCAAGUACACGCAACAGGGGUUAACAACAUCCGAGUUUCAGUGCUGCCAGGUAAUUCCAAACUUUGA